UUUCAUGACUGCUGCUCAUGUUGGGAAGGAGUUGAUGCGUCGAAACCACAACGUCACUCUGCUAAUUAGCAAUGCGUACGAGCACAGAGCAAACGAAACCAAAUACAAGGAUUUUAACUUUGAAAAAUUCAAGCACAAUGUUCCCCCAGAAGAGGUUCGAGGUCGCCUUGAGCGAUUAUCAGAGUCGAUAUUCAAAGGGAACUUCCUGCGGGAUGUCCUUUGGAAUAUGACAGACCUUAUGGGUGAGAUAGUCGAUGACUGUGAAGCAUUAUUCAACGAUCAGGUGCUUCUACAAAGACUCCUUGAAGCAAAGUUCGACGUGGCUUUCGUUGAUCCCCUAUGGCCAUGUUCGUUGCUUGUUGCCGAGUAUGCCGCCAAGAGACAUGUGUCCUUUAUGGCUACCACAUGGAAUGACAACAUUGCCCGCGUGAAUGGCAAUCCUUCAAAUGCUGCCUUUAUAGGGGAAAUGAACACCGGUUUCACCAAUAAGAUGACACUGACCGAGCGCGUUGCCAACUGCAUCAUGAUUAUGGUCUCAAAAUGGAUGGCGACAUUUACCAAUUCUUAUACCCCUAUCCAACAUGCUCAUGGAAUUUGUCCAGAUCUCAAGGCAGAAGAUCUCUACCAACGGUCACAGCUGCUUCUAGUCAAUGUUGAUUUCGCAUUGGAGUAUCCGAUUCCAGUCAUGCCACAUCUGAUUCCUGUUGGUGGCCUGUCUACUGGACCUGCAAAUGACCUAGCUCAGAUUUAACCAUAACGAGACACUUCAUCAAAAUGUUUACUUCGUUGCGAUUUCACAGGUUCACGAAAGAAUCAAACUUUAUUUCACAUCAUGUGAAUCGGAAUUUCUCUCUGUAAAUACACCGAUUCUUCUGCAUGUGCUGACCCUUAUCCUUCAAGAGGCGCAGUUGUGUGGGGGUUUUCGGUUUCUUUCCCCUUUCUCUCUCAUGCAUCACACUCUUCUGGUUUUGGUUGUGAAAGAAUAAUUAAGUGAAGGUAUAAUAGUGAUUUAUUUCCCUUGAUGAUGAUGAUAGCUGACAGGAGGAGUAUUUGACUAGGAGCAUCUGUACAUUGGUUGCCUACGUUCUUGCCGUGAUAAACGAUAUACAUGUACAUGGUUUAAUUAUCUUGGAGAAUUGAAAUGCAAGAUCAGUGGCUUAACUGGAGUAGAAAUGGAUAGAACUGGAUCUAGAUCUCUGCGAAAUAACUUUUCUUACCUCAUAUUUGUGACCCUGAUUGUCCUUCCACGAAGGGGAUACUUCUGCGAUGGUGCUAAUAUCUUUGUAUUCGCCUCGUACGGAGAAGGAAGUCGCUUUAUGGCGCCUGCUAGCAUUGCUGCAGAACUCACAAACAGGGGUCACAACGUCACAGCUCUGAUCAGCAACGCUUAUAGCUACCGACAGGACGACGAACUGUAUAAGAAUAUUUCUUUCGAAAUCUUCACGCACAAGGUCCCUCUCGACGUCGUUAAAGAGCGUCAGCUCCGUAUUCCACGAGCAGCCUUUGACAAGUCGACUUCAUGGAAGUUCGACUUCGUGAGGAAAAUCAACAAAAUUGCAGCGGAGCACAUCGAGGAUUGCGAAGCCAUUCUCGAUGACAAGGAACUUGUCAAGCGGCUGCUCGAUCGUGAGUUCGACCUCGCAAUCAUCGACCAGUUCUGGCCGUGUUCGAUGAUCUUGGCCGAGCACGUUGCUCGUGGGCAUGUCGCCAUGAUGCCGACAGCCUGGAUGAAUGCGAUCGCACGCCUAAAUGGAAACCCUACCAUUUUCGCAAUCGUCCCUGAGGUCAACACCGGGUUAUCCCCGCAAAUGACAUUCAGACAGAGAAUCAAGAAUUUCUUUCAUUCAUUCCUUGUCUCUUUCUCCAAGUGGGCAGUUAAUAAACUCACACCUGUAAUGAGAAAGUAUGACAUCUGCCCAGGAUAUUACCCAUCCGACCUCUAUCAACGAGCUCAGCUGGUAAUAUCCAAUGUCGAUUUCGCUGUAGAUUUUCCUAUUGCUACCCAACCGCAUAUCAUUACUGUUGGUGGAUUAACAACUAGACCUUCAAAGUCAUUGUCUCAGGAAUUAGAAGAGUAUGUCCAGAGUUCCGGGGAUGACGGGAUCAUCAUCUUCUCGCUUGGGACCUAUGUGACGUACAUGAAGGAGGAGCUCAUCGCUGUCUUUGCCAAUGCCUUCGCGCGACUUCCGCAGAAAGUCAUAUGGCAGUUCAAAGGGACACCACCGGCUGUUGUUACCAAGGUGCCCAAUAUAAAGACCAUGGAGUGGUUACCUCAAAAUGACUUGCUUGGCCACAACAAAACCCGGGCGUUAAUGUACCAAGGGGGCAAUAACGGUCUCUACGAGGCGCUUUAUCACGCCGUACCCAUCGUGGUCAUACCCUUGAUCGGCGACCAGCCCGACGUCGCAGCUCGGGUGACGAGUAGAGGCAUGGGUCUCAAGCUCGACAUCAAGACCAUUACCUCAGAGAAGAUCGUUGACGCCCUCAAUGCUGUCAUCCAUGAGAAACAAUACAAAGAAACGGUGCAACAGCUGUCCGCCAUUUUCCACGACCGCCCGAUGAGACCAGUCGAAAAAGCCGCAUUUUGGAUCGAACACGUGAUCAAACACGGUGGUGAAUACAUGCGAUCACCUAUUCAUGACUUAACGUGGUAUGAGUAUUACCUCAUCGACGUCGCCGCCUUCUUCCUUCUCGUGAUUGUCGUGCUUGUCGUUUUUAUUGUGUAUUCAUGUAAAUUUGCCUUCAGGUGCUGCAAGAGAGUUUGUGUCGGCAAGAAAGCAAAGACUGAAUGAUGACAGUUUUCAAGGUGAUAACAUUAAUUAUGAUAACUAAUGUCCAAAUGUUGACGCAGUGUCUGGGGGAACGUUUCAUGAAGACUUAUGUUAGUGAUUUUUCACCGACAGUUGUUACAAGCGACUGAAAAUCCUUACGUGUGAUUGGCUGAGAGCAAAUUAGUCGGUAAAAAUCAAGGACAAAACUCGUCAUGAAAUAUUCCCCCUGUCUGGCAGAAUUAAAUGCUAUAUUAUUCCUGCAAUAGAAAUGAGUAGUUUCACAGUGUAUUUUUUCCAAGAUUUAACAAUCACUUUCAGGAUAGUUAUUUUGUAUUGCUUAUUCUGUUCGCUGUAAUUUAUUCUAAGGCAAUUCCAAUCAUAGUUAUGCAAGAAGGAAAAGGGCGAAGUCGAUAAAUAAUUUAUCGUUUAAUAUAUGUCUUUUCAGAGCAAUAGCAAUAAUACUUAAAAUGGUUGACUUUUUUUCCUUUGUCAUCUGUGGUCUCAAGAAGGGUUCUAAUUUGAAUAAACUUGCAAAACUAUCUUUAAACGUAUAUGAACUUAAAUUGAAGUAUUUCUUUCUACCAAAUUAUGCAAAAAUGAAUAUGUUAUAUACCUCUUCUCAAUCGAAUGUCUCCUAUUGGAACAGAUUUAUGUGUUCCCAUUAAUAUAUAAGGAUACCGGAUAUUUUCUAUAUCCAUUACCAAGACACGUUCAAAAGUCUCGUCCUAGGCGUUGACGCAAUCGGAAUUUCACAGAGGUUUCCCCAACAGUGCCGAUCUAUCUUGGACAAUUAUACAUAUGGUGACAGUGCGCUUCGCGGGAUCCCCCGAUGUAAGCCGCUGCUAAGUUGCUCACGCCGACAUUGGGAUUAUGACGUCAUGGAGUAAAAUGAAUAUGUGUAUCAUGCCAUCGUUGACAUGGCAAUUAGUAAACAGUAAAAAGUCAAUAAUUAUAGACCUACGAUUUCAUGAAUUGGUAGUUUGUUUUUCGGAUGCUGGUGAGGUAUGUUCACAAGUAAUUGUCUGUAUUUCACUUGAUUAUACAUAACGCUCCGAAUUGGACAUUACAGGCUAAUAUUCUAAUAUGUGUUUUAUUUACCUUUAAUAGGCAUUCACUUUUUUUGUUUACAAAGGUUAGUUUCUAUACAGGAAUAGCUUGUUCUGUAAUCACGUUUAAUUUGUGCAGAAUUUUAAUGAUGUCAUGUCAUCACUCUAAAGCACAAAAGCAUACUAGAAUAGAGAAAUGGUUAAAGUGGUGCCAAUGUUAUUUUAGUCGCUUUCGACGCGAACCAAGUCAUUUUCUGACUAUAAUAAAAUGAUAAUGACUAUACAUCUAGGUUUCGUCCAGCUGAUAUUAACCAAUUAUAUUUUAUAGUUAUUAUUUACAGCGUAUGACUUUAUCACUUGAUUUGAGCUAUUAAUAAUUUUUUUAUUUCUCUGUUAUGACCAAAACCUUGCUUUAGUGUGGGGCAACUGUCAAAACAUCUUUAGAGUUAACAAUCUAAACCUUUUUAUUGUGAUCGUAUGACGUGCAAUUGUAAUUGGAGUUAAUAUCAUGCAUAAACAUGACAGUAAUAUUUUAGGUUAAAUUCAAUUGUAAUUUAGAACUGUAGAAUGAAUUUGUGCUUUCAGAACUUAUCUGACAAAACCCUUUUCUCGCCGUGGUGAUUUUUUGAUUGAUUUUUUCUACAGUACAAGGAUGUAUUCUGAAGUACAGAUGAUAUGUGUAUUUUUCUUGUUGAGUCUAUGAUUCAAUAAGGAAAUAAUAUUUGAACUCAGAAACACGCACUCAUCAUUUUAUCAAUGCUAAGUUUAUUCUUUCAUUUUGAUUAAAUUUUACUUUUUUACUGCA